UGACAGUGCUAACCACUGCACCACCAUGCCGCCCGUCUUGGUACAAUAAUAAUAAAAUCAAUUGCUUUUUCAGUCCACUAGACAAAGAGACACAAUGUAAAGUUGGAAAAAAGUAAUAAAUUCCAAUACAUCGCAAUAUUUUUAAAAUCGUGAUAACAUCGUAUUGUGAUAAUAUUGUAUUGUGACAUAAGUAUCGUGACAUAAGUAUUGUGACAUAAAUAUUGUGAUAACAUCGUAUCGUGAUAAUAUUGUAUCGUGACAUAAGUAUCGUGAUAACAUUGUAUCGUGACAUAAGUAUCGUGAUAACAUUGUAUCGUGACAUAAGUAUCGUGAUAACAUUGUAUCGUGACAUAAGUAUCGUGUUAACAUCGUAUCGUGAGAACAUCAUAUCGUGAGAAGAUCCUAUUGUGACAUAAGUAUUGUGAGAACAUCGUAUCGUGAUAAUAUUGUAUCGUGAUAACAUCGUAUCGUGACAUAAGUAUCGUGAUAACAUUGUAUUGUGACAUAAGUAUCGUGAGAACAUCGUAUUGUGAGAACAUCAUAUCGUGAGAACAUCCUAUCGUGACAUAAGUAUUGUGAUAACAUCGUAUUGUGAUAAUAUGGUAUCGUGACAUAAGUUUCCUGAUAACAUCAUAUCGUGACAUAAGUAUCGUGAUAACAUCGUAUCGUGACAUAAGUAUCAUGACAUAAGUAUCGUGAGAAAAAGCAGUAUCGUGAGAAAAAGACACAAUGUAAAGUUGGAAAAAAGUAAUAAAUUCCAAUACAUCGCAAUAUUUUUAAAAUCGUGAUAACAUCGUAUUGUGAUAAUAUUGUAUUGUGACAUAAGUAUCGUGACAUAAGUAUCGUGACAUAAGUAUUGUGAUAACAUCGUAUCGUGAUAAUAUUGUAUCGUGACUUAAGUAUCGUGAUAACAUUGUAUCGUGAUAAUAUUGUAUCGUGACAUAAGUAUCAUGAUAACAUCGUAUCGUGACAUAAGUAUCUUGAUAACAUCGUAUCGUGAGAACAUCAUAUCGUGAGAACAUCAUAUCGUGACAUAAGUAUUGUGAGAACAUCGUAUCGUGAUAAUAUUGUAUCGUGAUAACAUCGUAUCGUGACAUAAGUAUCGUGAGAACAUCGUAUCAUGAGAACAUCAUAUCGUGAGAAUAUCCUAUCGUGACAUAAGUAUUGUGAGAACAUUGUAUUGUGAUAAUAUUGUAUUGUGACAUAAGUAUCGUGAUAACAUCGUAUCGUGACAGAAGUAUUGUGAUAACAUCGUAUUGUGACAUAAGUGUUGUGAUAACAUCGUAUUGUGACAUAAGUAUUGUGUUAACAUCGAAUCGUGACAUAAGUAUUGUGAUAACAUCGUCGAUAAUAGUACAUGAUAAUACCGUAUAAUGGGGACUCUGGUGAUUCCCACCCCUACUGGGAACGUGUCUCAAAGUCGAAGAAAGUGAGUGUGGCGGUUGGGAUUCAACCCAUGUUGCCGUAGAAGGUGUCAGUCAUGAAAAAGUUACAGUUGAAACAUGGAAUGUAACAUCCUGCGCUGAAAUAUGUCUUAUUCUGCGUUACAUAAGUGUCGGGUUGCCAUCUGAGUUAAACGAGGAUCGACUUCACCGCAAAUUUGAAGUUCUUUGUUUUACAAUUAAGUCAGAGACCAAAAUAAUGUAACCUGUAGCAGCAACUUCCCAAACUGUUUUGUAAUGUCAUGAAAAAUACCAUUUACACAAAGAACGCUGAGAGAAAAACAUCCACUGAUUUUAUGUGAAAGAACCAGAUAUUUUCUAACUCACUUCAUCCGGACAGGAUGUAGCCAAGAGCAGAUCAACACUUACAAACUAUUAAGCCUUCAGUCUGACACCUAAAGUCCAGAAAGGAGAGUGUUUCUUUGCUGCUGUCUGCUCUGCAGUCUGUGUGGAUCACAGUGUUGGUGUAACAGCAGCUGAGUCGCUUGUCGUCACAUGGAGGCGUGAGCUUUUGGAGGCACGUGCAGCAGAAACUUAGAGACUGAGAGUCAGAAACCCAGAGACUACAGUGAGUCCUCUGAUCCUGUCUGAGUGUAUUUAAAGGUGACUGCUUCAUUGAUUAGUGUCCUGACUGGCUGGCUGAUCGACUGACUGACCUGGGGACUUUCUAAUCUCUGGACUGACUUGCCUGUGUGAGCUGGUUUUGUUUGUGUACAAUGACCCGAUACUGCAGCCUGUUUCGCCGUCUGCUGUCCACCGAGAGUAAAGGUGAGGAGGCAGACGAGGAGGAGGGCAGCACUCGCAGGGACAGCAGCCAGCAGGAGCCGCAGCUGAAGGGCAUCGUGACGCGCCUCUUCAGCGAGCAGGGGUUCUUCCUGCAGAUGCAGCCCGAUGGAUCCAUCAGCGGGAACAAGGACGAGAACAGCGACUACACUCUGUUUAACCUGAUCCCGGUAGGUUUGAGGGUUGUGGCCAUCCAGGGAGUGAAGGCUGGACUCUACGUGGCCAUGAACGCAGAGGGAUUCCUCUACACAUCAGAUGUGUUCACAGGAGAGUGUAAGUUUAAGGAGUCUGUGUUUGAGAACUACUACGUCAUCUACUCGUCCACGCUGUACCGGCAGCACGAGUCGGGCCGGGCCUGGUUCCUGGGCCUCAACAAGGACGGGGUCAUCAUGAAGGGAAACCGGGUGAAGAAAACCAAACCCUGCUCACAUUUCGUCCCCCGACCCAUCGAAGUCUGCAUGUAUAAGGAGCCGUCGCUGCACGAGCUCGAGGAGAAGCUGCUGAAGUCGAGCUCGCGGAGCCCGACGCUGAACAUCGGGGAGCGUGCGAGGAGCCGGGAGCGUCACCAGGAGGAGAAGCAGGACUGCACACAGCAGGACGGAUCAUAGCCUGCAGCGCCCCCCACAGGCGGAGGAGGAGGAGGAGGCGAACUCCCAUUUUAACACUCCCUCUGUUCAGCAACAAAAGCAACUACAGCCACACCAACGACAAAACAACCGCCACGACGAUGACGAGGCAACAACAACGAAAACAAAGAAAAAAUCAAGCUAAAAAAAAAAAACGGGGGGAGGUCUUCUUGCUUGUGUUGAAAUGUUUGAAA